AUGACUGCUGCAACACCUGUUCAGUGCACCUCUGUCAAGAGCGCCAGCGAAGCUUGCAACGACCAACAUAUCGACAUGUCGCUCGACGCCCACCACAGCAACUGUGAUGAGAUAUGCUGUAGCCUCCUGAGCAAUGGUACGGAUGAAGAGGCGGCACAGCUCCAGAUCGACAGAACUGCUCGUUUUCUCGAUGACCUCGACACAAACCCAGUAGAACGCAUACUUGCCGGUCUCCUUCCGUCAGACAGGCUCGUCUUGGGACAAUGGUUUGGUGGAGCGGGCCCAGAUACCCGGCACCCGCAGCGUCAGCGCGUCGGCAGGGUAGGGCUACCCGCCCGUUGCCGCAACUCAGCCAACCGCAAAUCGCUCCGCAGAACCCAUAAAUGA